GGAUUUUAAGGGAACAACUGGGAACAAGAUGGCUGAGUCUGGAGAACUGCUUUUUUCCACUUUCACAAACUUUGGAUUGAGGUUUCUGUAAGAGUUUAAGGCGGGUUAAAGUUACAUUUUUAAUACAUCGGUACUUUUGCUCGAAGACUUAUUGUAUAACGGGUUUUUUUUCAACCGGAUUUUCGCAGUAAUUUUAUUAAAACGUAAUAAAACGUUUAAAAAUAAAUGAAAACAUCGCAAUUAAUUUCACUUUCUCUUAUGUAAAACUUUCUAAUUUUUUUGUACGUUUGGCACAAUCCUAAUAUAACAAUAACUCUAUAUCAUAACAAUCGUAGUAUCACCCAGCGAUAAAAAAUGUCUGAAGUGAAAUAUUUCGUUCAUAAUCGGUUAUUUUGAAUUGCACGAUGAGCUCCAGUCGCGUCCGGCCUCAAGCACCGCAGACCCCGCCAACAUCUGCCGCAGCAGCAUCACCGCAAUAUGAAGGGAUCGAGAUGGAAAAAAUGCACCAUGAGGAAGAAGUGGGCCUAGGGGUGCCUGAUGAGACCCCAUCACAGCCGACCUCCAGCUCCCGGCAAGCGUGGAGCCGGGACAACCCGGGGUUCGAGCCGGAGGAUGGGAUGAUGGAGGGAGACUGGCCCCCGGGCCGGAGGUCUGUGUCCACGGCCUCCAGCAGCAGCAGCCGCGGGCCCGGUAGUUUCUCCGGCAUCAGUGCGAGAAUCAACAGAGGACUUUAUCCAACUCCACCCGCACAGGACGAGCAUCGCAGCUGUGGGAAGAGGAUACUGCAAAAAAUGAGGGUAUUAUGGGACACUCGUCUUUUGGGUGAAAGUAACAGUAACAGAGAGAUGUAUCUGAAGACUGUUCUCAGAGAGAUGAUCACAUACAUACUCUUCCUGCUCACCAUCUGCAUUUUAACGUAUGGAAUGGUGAGCACCAACAUGUACUAUUACACUAAAGUCAUGUCCCAACUCUUCUUGGAUACACCAAUAACGAAUGGAGAACCGACAACCUUCAAGACCCUUUCAACAAUGGAGGACUUCUGGAAAUUCACAGAAGGGCCCUUUCUUAAUGGUAUGUACUGGGAGUUCUGGUACAACAACAAGAGCCUUCCAGAGAACCAGAGUCUGAUCUACUACGAGAACCUACUGCUGGGCGUCCCACGUCUUCGACAGCUCAGAGUACGCAAUGAAUCCUGUUCAGUCCACAAAGACCUGAGGGACGAAGUGUACGAGUGUUACAACAUUUACUCCCCAGCCAAUGAGGACAAGGCACCAUUCGGGCUUAAAAAUGGCACAGCGUGGAUGUACUCAACGGAGAGCAGUUUGGGUGAGAGCAGCUAUUGGGGCCAAGUGUCAACCUAUGGGGGUGGAGGUUACUUCCAGGAUCUUUCACGCACUCAAGAGAGCUCAGCCAAUCAGCUGCAGGAGUUAAAAAACAACCUGUGGUUGGAUCGUGGCACCAGAGCGGUGUUCCUGGAUUUCUCCGUCUAUAAUGGCAAUGUUAACCUGUUUUGUAUCGUCAGACUGCUUGCAGAGUUCCCCGCCACAGGGGGCGCUGUGACCUCCUGGCAGUUCCAGACAGUCCGUCUCAUCCGGUACGUGUCCAGCUGGGACUACUUUGUAGGGAUGUGCGAAGUGGCUUUCUGCUUUUUCGUGCUGUAUUACCUGGUGGAAGAGGUUUUAGAAAUCCGCCUGCAUCGCUUGCGCUACUUCAAGAGCCUUUGGAACUGUCUGGACGUUCUCAUUGUCGCGCUUAGCGUUCCAGCCAUUAUCAUGAACAUCUGCAGAACAUCAGCGGUCAGUCGUAGACUUCACUUCCUGCUGGAGAACCACAGCAAGUACCCAAACUUCGAGCCCCUUGCUCGCCUCCAGGUGAACUUCAACAACCUGGCCGCCAUCAUCGUUUUCCUCGCGUGGGUCAAGCUUUUCAAAUUUAUUAAUUUCAAUAAGACGAUGAACCAGUUGUCCACCACCAUGUCACGCUGCGCUAAGGACCUUCUGGGAUUUGCCAUCAUGUUCUUCAUUGUGUUCCUUGCCUACGCCCAGCUGGCGUAUUUAGUGUUCGGGACCCAGGUUGACGAUUUUAGCACCUUUCAGGCCUGCAUAUUCACUCAGUUCCGGAUCAUUCUGGGUGAUUUUGACUUCUCAGAGAUUGAGGAGGCUGACAGCGUUUUGGGACCAAUUUACUUCACCACCUUUGUGUUCUUUAUAUUCAUGAUUCUAUUGAAUAUGUUCCUGGCCAUCAUCAAUGACACUUACUCUGAGGUGAAGGCUGACAUGGCCCAGCAGAGGUCAGAGAUGGAGAUAACAGACCUCAUUAAAAAGGGCUAUAACAGGGCAAUGGUGAAACUUAAACUGAAGAAGACCUCCGUCAAUGAGGCGCCCGACGGCUCACACCAGGCUGGGGCAAAACUCAGCUUUGAUGAACUCCGGGAAGAUCUGAGAGGAAAAGGCCAUUCAGACGCUGAGAUCGAAGCUAUCUUUGCUAAGUACGACCUUGAUGGAGAUCAGGAGCUUACCGAACAUGAACACCAGCAGAUGAGAGAUGAUCUGGAGAAAGAGAGAGAGGACUUGGAUCUGGAGCACAGUUCACUUCCCAGACCGGAGAGUGGGCGGAGCUUCUCCCGGAGCCAGGACGACUCGGAGGAGGAUGAUGAUGAAGACAGCGGACACAGCUCUCGUCGCCGUGGGAGCAGUUCAGGAGGCGUGUCAUACGAGGAAUUCCAAGUGCUUGUGCGCCGAGUGGACCGCAUGGAGCAUUCAAUCGGCAGCAUCGUGUCGAAGAUAGACGCCGUCAUCGUUAAGUUAGAGGUCAUGGAGAGAGCCAAGAUGAAACGGAGAGAUGUGCUCGGACGGAUUCUGGAUUCAUGGAAUCCAGUCACGGAGGACGAAAGGACAGGAAGAGAUCCAGAGCUGCACCGGGAGCAGAUGGACAGGCUGGUGAGAGAGGAACUGCAACGAUGGGAAUCUGACGACACGAUAUCACAGGUUAGCCACCGUCACGCCACUCCCACCAUCCCAUCCGCUCAGCUCCGCCCACGCAGUUCCCGCCCACCUUCAUCGCUGUCCAUUGAGGGUCCGGAUGGUGCGACCAAUGGCCAUAUGUGAGGGGUUUCGAUUGUGUAUAUAAAUCACAAAUUUAGCUGUUUCACAGUGCUGUGUCUGAUGCGGUGUAACCAUUUAGUCAAAGGUUGAACCUCAAAUCAGCGCUAGAAUCAAAAUUCACACAGCCAGCCGUCCUGCCCACAGCUAUACAAUGAGAUAGUGCUGCACAAAAGCUAUUUAUUUAGGUUUCUUUAUAUUAAAGUUAAUCUGGGCUUUUCGUCAGUAGCCACUCUAUGCUUUAUAAUGCAAAUAGAAGGUAAAUUAAAGCGCAGGGCAGUUAAAAAAAAUCUGUAAUACACAGUUACUUGGUACUUAUUAAAGAAUGAAUUUUUGCAUA